UGUGGUGUGAACAGGACGCUUCUGAGACAUUUUCUCACAGUGUUGAUGAGGAAACUGAUAGUAAAUAUGAUUUAUGCUCUUGUUUUGACCUCAAUGUGCUUGUGGCAUUCGGUUGAUAUGACGGAGGAAGUGAAGAUCAUAUCAGUGAGGGAGGGAGAUCCUCUCGCCCUACACACUGAUGUUGAUGAGGUAUCGAGAUAUUUGUUGAUACAGUGGAUGUUUGAAAAUACUCGAAUAGCUGAAGUCAACAGACUCUCAAAGAUCAACUCCACAUAUGAUGGUCCAGAAGAGACUUUCAGAGGUAGACUAAAGUUAGAUCAGACUGGAUCUUUGACCAUUACAAACACCAGAUCCACUGAUUCAGGACUUUAUAAACUAUCGAUCUACAAACUACAACAGAUCAGCUACAUACAUUUCCAAGUCACAAUCUAUGGAAGAUCAUCAGGCUCAGACUGUGUGUCGUCCAAAUGCACAAAGAGCAAUUCAGUCACCAACCAGCCUGAUGAAACCGACAUUACUAAACUCCCUCAGUCAACUUCAGCGGAAGUGAAGACCAUAUCAGUGAUGGAGGGAGAUUCUGUCACUCUACACACCGGUGUUACUGAUGUACAGAAAUAUUUGUUGAUACAGUGGAUGUUGGAAAACACUCGAAUAGCUGAAGUCAACAGACUCGCUCAAAACCGUGCAGCUUACGAUGGCCCACAUGGAAGAUUCAGAGAUAGACUGAAGUUAGAUGAGACUGGAUCUCUGAUCAUCAUAAACACCACAACCACAGACUCUGGUCUUUAUAAACUAACACUUGUCAUCCAAGAAAGCAUCUACGUAAAUUUCAACCUUACAGUCUAUGUAUCAUCAUCGCCAGAAAAAUCAUUGAUUAGCUUGAUGAACAACCAGACUGAGGAUGCCAACAUUACUGAUCUCCAUCAGACAAGUUCAGACUCUUUCUACUGUUGUGGUUUACCCGAAACUGUGAUUCGAUUGGUCAUUUGUGCACUGGUGGGCGUGGUUGUUCUUGCCUUGCUGGUGUAUGACGUCAGAGCUACAAGACUUGAGCUGAGACGGGCGGAGGAGACCAGGCUUUACCAUCAGAUUCCUGAAGUAAAAUCAGAGCUACAGCCUGAACUGAGCAGAAAAAUGAGCAACAGAUAUGUUUACUAAAGGUUGCUGAUGUAGUCCCAACAGGAAAACUAGCAGCUAGCUAUUUAUCAACCCGUUAUUCUUCAUAUAUUUACCAUGUUUUGGUUUGUACAAUGAUUUUACUGAGCUAGCAAAUUAAACAAGUGGUUGUAAAUCCAGCUACCAUUAAUAAAUAGCUAACUAGCGAAACGAAUUAUGACAUUGAAUAAUCUAAUAAGCUCUCAUUUCUCAUCAAGGCUCAUUAAGUUUAGGAGAGAGUGCAGAGAUAUUUUAUUACUCUAUCUCUACACACGGGAUAUGAUCCUAGAAAACAAAACUAGUCAAAAAGGUAAUUUUUUUUGGAAGUUACUUAAUAAAACCAUUUAAGUUUUGCAAGAAUAUUUUGUGAAUAACAGCUCAAAUUGGUAAAUCAAAAGUAAAAUUUCAUUUGUUUCUUACCUCUACAUUAAUAGAGGGAUACGCUGAAAAAUGCCCCCUCAGAUUGUACUAUGUCUUCAAAAAUAUGUUAGUUUACUUGAAAGCAGCAAAUAGGACAUCUUAAACUUUUAAAAUCAUGCUAGUGCUCAUGCUUUUGCCAUUAAAAAAGUAGUGUACUUUUACUCGCU